AUGGACCCCGAGGCAGAGCUCAAUGAUUUCUUCGUGGGAUCAUUCCCCGAUGGAAUUCCCAAAGAUAUCCUCGCCGAGCUCCUCUCCAUGAUGCGGGUGCAUUCAAUCUCCGCAGAGGAGCUCUUCUACAAAUGGGAGUCUUACAGCAUAAAGAUGGGCGAUGGAGUGACAUUGACCAUCCAGACUGUGAGAGGCUUCAAGCAGGAUGUUCUAGAAACAUUGGAGCGCGAAAGUCGUGACAAGGCUGGCCGACACACAGAGAAACGAGGCGCAAACACAGCAACCCCGCGCGCAUCAGCCGGCGGCGAUAUGUUCGGCAUGCUCGAUCAAUUGACACCAAAUGCCUCAAAUUCUCGAACGCUUCCUGUCGGAUCGGCAAAGCGGAAGGCUGAAUUCAACUCGCCCGCUACACCCAAAGUCAGCAAGUUCGACAAGCUUGCAUCACAGGGCACAAGGACACCGACUGGGACACCUGGAGAUGGAGUGCAGGCAAUGUCAUUCUCAGAGCGACAGAACCCCGGCCAAACGGUGGAAACCCUCAAUGCACACCUUUCCCUACCAGAAACUCCAAUGGCACCAUUCUCUGAACCACGCAUUAAGCCCACGGCAAAUACAGAUCUUAAGAAGUUUGGAUAUAAACCGAUGGGAAUGAAGUUGUCCGAAGCAUCGGAGAUUUUGGACGAUCGUAUCGAUGAGUUUGCGACUAUAUUUCAGGCACAAUUCAAUUCCGAUGAAAUUACAUUUGGAAGCGCGGCCGUGCAGAGCACUAGCGAAAUCAUUGCCGUCGGACGAAUUGCCUCAGACUCCCUUGAAGGGAAAUUGAAUGCGGCAUCCCUUGUGCUGGAGACCUCCCGCCGGACAGGAGCCGGCAGACGAGUUCCCUUGAAGGUCGACUCCGUUCCCUCAGUGAACUUUUUCCCUGGCCAAAUUGUGGCUCUCCGAGGAAUUAAUCCUUCUGGUGAAUACUUCACUGUCAAGGAGGUCCUUCCGAUACCACUUCUCCCCCCGGCUGCCUCCUCGGCUGUGGCAUUGGAUAACAUCAACGAGCGACUUGAUGGGGAUGCUAACCCCCCACUGAAUGUCAUGAUUGCAGCAGGCCCCUACACAGCGGAUGACAAUCUAGACUUCGAGCCGCUACAAGAGAUAUGCCACAAGGCGGCUGAAAGCUAUGCAGAUAGCGUCGUGCUGAUGGGCCCGUUCCUAGAUAUCGAGCACCCACUUCUUGCAUCGGGUGACUUCGACCUGCCAGACAUCAAAGGUAUCGACCCGGACACAGCCACACUCUCCAUUAUGUUCCGACACUGCAUUUCAGCACCGCUGGCACGACUCGCAGCAGCCGUGCCAAGCAUCACUAUUGUAAUGGUUCCCUCUGUUCGCGACGCCCUCAGCCGACACGUCUCCUGGCCCCAGGAGCAGCUUCCCAAAAAGGAACUUGGCCUACCCAAGCAAGUUCGCAUGGUCUCCAACCCCGUCACAUUAUCCUUCAAUGAGACCGUCAUUGGAAUGUGCUCACAUGAUGUGCUCUCUGAGCUACGCCGUGAGGAGGUCCUGCACGGCCGCCCAGCAGAGGGCAACCUGCUCACCCGCCUGCCCAAGUAUCUUGUCGAGCAACGGCACUUCUUCCCCUUGUUCCCUCCGACCGCACGUUCAAACCUCCCCAAGCCAGCGUCUGAGAAUGGCAUAGCCACAGGCGCCAUGCUGGAUCUGCCGUAUAUGAAACUAGGCGAGUGGUGGAAUGUCCGGCCCGAUAUCUUGAUCGUGCCGAGCAUGCUACCACCUUUUGUAAAGGUCGUCGACAGCGUGUUAGUAAUUAACCCAGGCACCCUGUCCAAACGUCGCGCAGCAGGCUCAUAUGCCCAAAUGGCCAUCCACCCACGCCUAGUGGGCGAGGACGAGCGCGAAGAGAAACAGCUAGGCCACAAGCUAUACGAGCGAGCUCGGGUUGACAUCAAUCGAAUUUAA